UUUAUUUGAAUGGUUACGUGACAGUUCUAUCCACAGACAUCGCAAACGAUCAAGAAGUUCAAUUGUAUUCGAACUAAAAAAAAAUUUACAAAGUUGUCCUUCUUUAGUACUACACUGGGAUGGCAAACUGCUCCCAGAUGAUGAUUCAAAAAAGAUUGAACGACUACCAAUUAUCGUAUCCGGAGAAAGUACUGAACAACUUUUGGGUGUUCCAAAAUUACACCCUGUGACGGGGAUUAAACAAGCUACUGCUAUAGUUGAUAUUUUAGAUGAUUGGAAGCUGGAGAAUAGUAUAAAAGCGAUUUGUUUCGACACAACAAGUGUGAAUACAGGUGAAUAUAACGGAACAUGUCAUUUACUCGAAAAAAAGUUAGAUAAAAAUCUUGUGUACUUCGCUUGUCGCCACCAUAUUUACGAACUCGUCUUAAGAAGCGCUGCAGAAGCUUGUUGGCCCCUGACGAAUAGUCCAAAUGUUCCCAUUUUUACUCGCUUUAGGAACAAUUGGUCAGAAAUUGAUCAAGAACGUUUUGAAAUCGGAGUACAAGAUGAUUUUAUUUACACUCACAUUAAAGAUGAGAAAGACAAUAUUCUACAGUUCAUUUCUGAUCAAACUAAUAUGCAUCAUCCCCGCAAUGAUUACAAAGAGUUAUUAAAUUUAUGCUGUAUCUUUUUAGGAGGUAUUCCUUCUACUGGUAUAAAAUUUAAAGUACCUGGAGCCGCGCACCAUGCAAGAUGGCUUGCAAAAGCCAUUUAUUGCUUAAAAAUAUAUAUGUUUAAGAGUCAAUUUCAUAUCAGAGCAGAUGAGGUAUCAAAACUUCGUAGAAUAUGUUUAUUUAUCGUCAAAAUUUAUAUAAAAGGUUGGUUUAGUUGUCCAAGUGCUAUUAAAGCUCCGAAUCAAGAUCUUAAUUUUCUACAAGACCUUAUAAAAUUUAAAAACAUCGAUGUAAAAAUUUCCGACGUUACUGCUAAAAAAUUUGCGAACCAUCUGUGGUACUUAUCGGAAGAAAUUGCCUCACUAGCUUUCUUUGAUAAUUCUGUGCCACAGGAAGUAAAAUCAAAAAUGGUUGAAGCAAUAAAAACGAAGGAAAGUCAAACUGACAAAAAACGUAUUGACGUUGAUCGUGGCAACUUAGAUUUAUUGUGUAUAAAAAAUAUUAGUGAUUUUAUAACGAAGAAGUCUAUGACUUUAUUCGAACAGUUUGAACUUUCAAGUGAUUUCCUCAAUUCACCUCCUUCACAGUGGCUUAGUGAUCAAAAUUAUCUAACUUGUUUAUCGUUAUUACAAAAUGUCAAGGUAGUCAACGAUAUAGCUGAAAGAGUAGUUGCUUUAGUUGAAGAAUUCGUUCAGUUUGGUUCUAAAGACGAAGAACAAAAACAGUAUUUAUGGAAAAUUGUACAGUAUCAUCGAAAAUUAUAUCCUUCGUGCAAUAAAUAAUAUUAUAUUAUAAAUCCAACUAGUCAACAGUGAACAUCAAAAUGUAUAAAUAUACUAAUUGUAAUUAAUUUCUGUUUUACUCUAAAUUUCGUUUUGUUAUUAAUUCGAAAUAAUGUUAAAUUCGAAAA